AUUUUGAAAUUACCAGAAUAUAUGUACUUUAGGGUUUUCCCAGUUCGAUUCUUACUGCUUCAAUCGAAGUGAUCUCCGAUAUAGCUCGAAGGCAGCAGAUCAGAAGUGAAAUGACUGGUUUCAAGCUCUGGUGGAUUAAGGGAACAUUUGCUACUUUAAUGCUAUUAAUUCCUGGAAAUUUAGCAUGGGGAAAAGAAGGUCACUAUGCAACUUGUAAAAUUGCUGAGUCAUUCCUUACUGAAGAAGCUUUAAAGGCGGUGAAAGAUUUGCUCCCAGAAACCGCUGAAGGUGAUCUAGCUUCUGUCUGUUCCUGGCCUGAUGAGAUCAAGCAUCGUUACAACUGGCGCUGGACCAGCGAGUUGCAUUAUGUUGACACCCCUGAUUUCAGGUGUAACUAUGAUUACUGCAGGGACUGCCAUGACUCGUCUGGAGUCAAAGAUAGGUGUGUUACUGGAGCUAUUUACAACUACACGGAGCAACUUGUCAUGGGCUAUAAUACCUCAAAUUCAGUUAAGUACAACCUGACCGAAGCACUCAUGUUCUUGUCUCAUUAUAUUGGGGAUGUGCAUCAGCCUCUACAUGUUAGUUUUACUAGUGAUGAAGGUGGAAACACAAUAACAGUCCGUUGGUAUAAGAGGAAGACCAAUUUGCACCAUGUUUGGGAUACCGAUAUAAUAGAAUCUGCCAUGAAGACAUUCUAUGACAAAGAUAUUGACGUCAUGAUAUUAGCAAUUGAGAAGAAUAUUACAGAUACCUGGAGCAAUGAUAUAUCAUCUUGGGCAAAUUGUACAUCUGGUCAGGAAGUUUGUCCGGAUCCGUGGGCUUCCGAAAGUAUCAAGUGUUCGUGCAAUUAUGCCUACAGAAAUGCUACACCAGGAAGUACUUUAGGAGAUGAUUAUUUCCUUUCUCGUCUGCCUAUUGUGGAGAUGAGGCUUGCCCAAGCCGGGGUCCGUCUGGCAGCAACACUUAACCGAAUCUUCGAUCCACUCUACUCAAUCCCUCAGAAAUUGGCAUAUAUUGGGAACAACCAAGCCACAUCUCACACGGUUUGAAGCUGAAAAGUCUCCCAGAUAGACACAUAUUUUCAUCAAUGAAUUACCUCUAAACAUUCGAUGGAAGUCAAGAAACGUACUUUAUUAAUUAGUUUCGUGUCCUGAUAGUUGGUACGUGCAUCUUCCUUGAAAUGUGUGCAAUCUUCUUGUUUAUCAGUUAUAGCCCUCUUAGGUGAUGCUCAGAAACAUGUAGAACUCUACUCCUUGAACUCAUAUUAGCUUGUAUAUAUCGAUGAUUGUCC